AUGUCGGUUGACCCCUCGGUGCUUCCCCGUAGACACUUGUGCUGUACUGCCUACCAUAGGGCUCAGCCCUCGAGGGCAAUAAACGAGGAAAAAAAACAAUUCACCCUCUACACUCACAACGCGGGCCCCAACGGCUGGAAGGUCGUGUUCGCGCUCGAAGAGUUUGGGCUCACGGGCGAGCAGAAGAGCGCGGAACACCUCGCGCUGAACCCAAACGGGCGGAUCCCGACGCUCGUGGACCACCACAACGGCGACUUCGUGGUGUGGGAGUCGAACGCGAUCCUGCUCUACCUCGUCAAUUGCUAUGACCCGAAGCACAAGAUAAGCGUCGUGGACGAGAAAGACAGGUACACGCUCUUGCAAUGGCUCUUCUUCCAGGCGUCUGGCCAGGGGUGCGUCUGCCUCCAUUCAUGCGGUAAUGAGAACCGAUGUGUGCAUUGCUUGGACAACGCGUACUUCGGCCAGGCGAACUGGUUCCCGAAGUACCACUCGGAGAAACUGCCGAGCGCGAUCGAGCGAUACCAGAAGGAGGCGCAGCGUGUCUUCGCCGUGCUCGCAAGCGUGCUAUCGAAGCAGGAGUGGCUUGUCGGCGGCAAGCCCGCCAUCGCGGACCUCUCGUUCAUCACUUGGAACCGCGGUGCAUUCCAUGUCAUCUUGAAGGAGGCGGACGUCAACCCCGAGAAGGACUUUCCUGCGGUCUGGAGGUGGAGCAAAGCGCUCGAGGCGCGUCCGGCGGUCGCGAAGGUGCUCCAGAUUCAGGCGUCCAAGCCAGGCUGA